AUGAUGCAGCGGCGCUACCUGGGUCAGGCUCCCUCAGGACGCCAGCUUAACAGCAUUGAGGCGUCAUGGACGGAAGCUAAGAAGCUUUUUUACAAGCCGGCACUGGGAUACACUGAGUUCGCGAAGCGCGUGGAGGCGCUGCGGAUGCUCGCGUUCUGGGCCCUGGUUACCGGGCUCACGCUAGACAUUGCGCUCAAUCCGCCCAAGAGCCAGUACUGGGCGAAGUGGAAUCUCAUCAAGAUGCCUUCGAGGAUCAUGGAGAAGUUUGGAGGACAGGCGAAACCAGUGACACCGCCAGAACCGGCGAAGCUAGGCGCCGAUCUCCUGACAGAUGCCUCGAGGGAGUACCAUCGCAUAUGCAACCUAUGA